AUGACAGGCAGCGGCGAGUCCACAGCACUGCACCUGGUAGCGGGCGGUGUGUCGGGCGCGGUGUCGCGGACGGUUGUCAGCCCGCUUGAGCGCAUGAAGAUUCUGUUCCAGGUACGUGGGGGCGCCAGCGCAUCGUACAACGGCGUGUUCGGGACACUGGCCAAGAUCUGGCGCGAGGAGGGCAUGGCCGGGUACAUGCGUGGCAACGGCACCAACGUCGUGCGCAUUGUGCCGUACUCGGCGGUGCAGUUCGCGACGUACGAGCAGCUGAAGCAGAUGCUGAUUGAGGACGGCAAGACGGAGCUCGACACGCCGCGGCGGCUGCUGGCCGGAGCGGGCGCCGGCAUUGCGUCGGUUGCGGCCACGUACCCGCUGGACAUCGUGCGCACGCGCAUCAGCGUGCAGACAGCGCACGCACUGGAGAACAUCGAGCUGCUGCCCAAGGACGCUCGCGGGCGGCCGAUCAUCCCGAAGAUGCCGGGCAUCGUCGAGACAUUCGGGAAGAUCUACCGCACCGAGGGCGGCCUGCGUGCGACGUACCGCGGCUUUGGCGCGACUCUGGCUGGCGUGGCGCCGUACAUUGCGCUGAACUUCCAGUGCUACGAGGUGCUGCGCAAGUUCUUCACGCCGCCGGGCGAGUCGUCGCCAUCGGGCACGCGCAAGCUGGUGUGCGGCGCGCUGGCUGGGUGCUGCGCGCAGACCAUCACGUACCCGUUCGACGUGCUGCGGCGCCGCAUGCAGGUGACGUCGAUGUCGGGCAUCGACUACAAGUAUUCGAGCACCUUCGACGCCGUGCGCAAGAUGAUCAAGGCAGAGGGCGUGCUGGGCAUGUACCGCGGCCUGGUGCCCAACUACCUCAAGGUGGCGCCGGCCAUCGGCGUCAGCUUCUGGUCGUAUGAGAUGGCCAAGGACUUCCUCAAGCACUGGUAG